AAUGGAUGUAUGGAGUAGCUGAUGCUGACGAUGUACGAAGAUAUGAUAGUGAAAUCAAUAAAUUGGAAAACAAUCAGAAAGACGUUAUGCGUAUUGUUCAUGAUCAGAUAUCUAUAUUAAAAACCACAAUAGUUAAUUUUAAUGAUUCUGUUACAUCAUUUAAUGAAAAUAAGAAAUUAUUUGAUGCAAACAUGAGACAAGGAGAAAAUAAACUGAACGAAAUGAUUAUUGCGAUCGCUAACGAAAACAGAAAAAUUAAUGUUUUGAGCUCGAUAUCUAUACUAGAAAACACUAUAUUUGAAUUGGACAUACUUGUAAGUAAUUUACAAAGAGUAAUUUCUAACGUACGAAAUAAUAUAGUAGAUGCAUUUAUAAUAACACCCGACCAAUUACUAUCGGAAAUAAAACACAUAGAGAAUAUUCUCCCGGAUGAUUUGAAAAUUCCAGUUAAAUUUGAUGAGGAGAACAUUCAAGAAAUUUUCAAAAUAUUAAGCAUUGAAAUGCACACAAUAGGCGAUAGAUUUAUUUUUUCUUUAACAUUUCCUCUGUGCCUUGUAGAAAAUUUCAAUGUUUAUUAUAUAUUACCUAUUUACAUCCCAAUUAACGAACAUAGUCAAUUUCUUCAUAUGACUAAAGCUUCUAUGUAUUUGUUAAUGGACAAAAUAAUGAGCAAAUAUUUUAUUUGGACAGGUUUAAAUAACUGUAAAUUAGUAGCGAAAAUAUUUGUUUGUGGAUUUAAUGAGAUUGUACAUAAUAGUGACACGGACCCCACAUGUGUAACAGAAUUACUAAAAAAUUCUGUAACUAAACCACCUCAGUGUGAUACUUAUAUCUCUGAAAUCAAAACAGAAAUGUGGUAUCCCUCAUUUUUCAAAAAUCAUUGGUUUUUUGUAUGUGAAAAACCCACUACAAUUACUAUAAUUUGUAAUAAACAGUCUAUCACUCAAAAAAUUAAAAUUAAAAGUUCUGGGAAGUUAUACUUGAAGUCUGGGUGUAUUGCUUAUACAUCGAAAGGUGUACUGAAAACGGAACAGAUAUAUCAAACAUAUUCCUCAGUUCCAGUAGACUUAUCUCUUUUGAACGAUUCAUGCUGCAAUGUUUUCAACUUUUCAAAUCAGCCCUACCCCAAACCUAUUCACUACGAUGAAAUAAAAAAUAUUAAAUUUAAUAAAGACGCGUUUAACGAAAUAAAUAAUCAAUUAGAUCAACAAGAUAUAUUAUUAAAUUCACUCAUUGUAGAUAAAACGUAUGAAUUUAUAUACACAAACAAAUAUUUAGUUGCCGUAAUAAUAAUAUUUUUAAUAUAUUUUAUAGCGAAAUUUUAUUUAAAUAAGAAAGCAAAAAAAUCAGAUAUAAAAAAUAUUACUCUAAGUUAUAAUCCUGUAAAUACUAAAAAUUAAUUUAGUAAAGGUUCUUAGUACGUAUCUAUAUUUUAUAUACCAAAUAUUAUGUAAUUUGUCAUAUAGGUACCAUUCAUAACAUUUAUAUUAUUUUUUUGGAUGUGAAUAAUUAGUACCUACCUAUAUCUAUAUGCAUGUAUUUUGUGUAUCAUACUUUUUUCUUCACUUAUAUAUUGUCUAAAAAUUCUUGUAUAAAAUAUAUAUUUUAUUUUAUAACAAAGAUACUUAUUAGUUAUUAUUUAUUAAUGAUAAAAUUAUUCAAAU